ACUAAUGACGUAAAGAAACAGGCAAAUAACUAACUUAUAGAUAAGUCUAUGGCAGAAUCAACCUCAAACUCACUGUUGACCAAUGACACUGAGUUGGAAAGAAUAUCCGAUGUUGUUUCUAAUGCAACAUUCUUUACAAUGGCAUCCUGCUGUAAGUCUAAAGGCCAAAAGAAUACUAUACUUACCUUAGAGUAUUUGUUUUAUACACGGUAUAAAGGAGUAAUACGCAGAUUUUUCGGUGGUAGUACGGCCGAAGGAACUAACUUGAAAGACAGUGAUGUCGACAAAAUGAUCGUUUUUUCAAAUAUUACGGCUUGUACGGAAAGAGACCAAUCAAAAAAUAUCAAUGGACAUGUUUUUAUUUUAGAUACUUCAGUUUGCCAUCCAGGGUUUGCUAGAUUGAUUCCUGUAAAACUUGAUCCAAACAUAAAAACAAUUUUUAACGAUCAUGGAAAGACUAUUUAUGAUAUGUUGGAAACAAUCGAAGGAGAUAAAACAUUUCUUUCCAGUGAUAAAAUGGUUGAUUUCUGGUUGCAUUUCCUGACAAAAACAAAGACAGCAGAUACACCAACAGAAACAUCCCGUCAUGGACCAAGUGCCACUGCGGCUAAUACAGACAUAUACGGCUAUAUUAAGGAAAAGCUAGGUGCAUCAGUGGAACAAGAUUUCGCCUUUGGAAUAUCGUUGUACGAAUGGCCAAUUGAUGGCGACGAGUGGAUUGCCAGAGAAAGAAAACAUGGAUGGCCUUCUCCAGAAUUUAUUGAAAAAAUUACAAAGCUGAAAUGUCACGUAGUCGCUGUUGGAGAUAAAAUGUCACCUACAUCGUCAUUAGAAUGGAGAGUGUCGUUUUUGUUACAAGAAAGGGAGUUGGUAUGGAAUUUUAACGAUACACAGCUUCAAUGCUUUAUCUUGAUGAAAAAUAUUUUGAAGAAAUGUCUACACCCUAUCGCACCAGACGAAGUGAGCUCAUAUCACAUGAAAACAAUACUACUUUGGCAGUCUGAAAAUAAUCCUCAAUAUCUAUGGCAACCAAAAUAUUUACUUCGUUGCACCAUGAAUUGUCUUCUAUUUCUAAAACAUUGCAUAGAAAACCUUCAUCUGGAGCACUAUAUUGAUCGUCGAAAAAAUUUGUUCGCGUAUAAAUUUGAAAAUUACAUUUUAAAAGAAAAUAUGAUCAAAUGCAUAGAAGUUAUUUCAGACGAUAUUGUAGUCCAUGUUUUGCAGUGUGUCGAGGGUGUUGACCUGUUAUCCCCAUGGCUAGAGAGUGAAAUGGGGGUUGAUAAUUUUCUGCAGUUAUGCAGAGAAAGACUGGAUUUUAAAAUCACAACAGAAUUUGAAACAUUCAGAUUGCCAUUGAAAUAUUUUCAUAAGGGUCAAAGCUUUUUGGGAGUAAAUAUAGAAACUGUUCUUGCUGACUUUAAGUUACUUUCUGAAUAUUUUGUAGGCUUUGAAGAUCACAAACCGUCCACGGACAUCGAAGAUAGCUUCAUUGAAGCUGUUCGCAUGUUUAUUAAUAUUCGAAUUGCAUUAACACUUUUGGAGACGAUCAUAGAUGUUAAGGAUAAUACUGUAAAACAGCAAAAACUAGAGAAGUUACAGAAGUUUCUGGAUGAUAACCAAAAUAUUGAUGCAAUAUCUGGUAAAUUGUAUGUAGCUACAUACUAUCUAAGACUUCAAAAUUCUCAAAAAGUGAUUUCUAUUAUUCGGAGUAUCCUUGAUUCGCCGUCCCAAAACCUACUGUACACUGGUCAUUGUUCAAAAUAUAAGUCAAUACACAUUGGUAAUGGUACUGCAACUCAGCUGAAAGGACUUCCAAAUCCUUUUGAUCACAAAAAGAAAUAUCUUUCUACAGCUCAAGAUGUAAUAUUUUCUAGAGCAGACUUAUCGUUUGUUCCCCAUGCUCUGAAACUCGAAUGUAUCGUAGGGAGAGCUUUCAUGAUUCACCCAUUAGUGUAUAUGUUAUAUCUCGCCGUGAUAAGCACCGAGUGUGAACAAGAGGCUUACAUGUAUGCUUUAGAAUCUACAGUGAAUAAAUGCGAAGGAAGUUUCCAUGGUUACAGGCAUUUGAACAUAUUAGGCUGUUGUUAUUUCCAUAUUGGCGACUAUAAAAAAGCGUUUGAGUGCUAUACAAAGUCAUUAACGCAAACUGUUCCGACAGGAAGACAAAACGCUGCACUGUUACAUUUAAUCAUUUUAAUGUUUCGUCUGAUUAACAAUGGAUACGGAGAUGAAUGUAUUUAUAGACGAAAAUGAUACAAGAUUUGAUAUAAGAGCUAAAACAAAAUAAAUAUAUGACACGAAAUAAGGGUUACAAUAUAAUUUGCAGAUAGAGAAAUAUAGAAUUUACAGAAUACAUUUUUACUCAAUGAUCCAUACCACUGCGCUAUAUUUCCAUUUAGGGACAUCGGAAUCUUUUUUGAGGUUGUGUUAGAAUUAAUUUGGUUUUUCAAUCUUUUGAUUCGAACACCACUGGUGAUUCUUAUGUAAACGAAACGCGCUUCUGACGUGUUAGAUGACGUGUUAGAUUAUAUUGUAAGCCAACCCAUGUUCACGAUAUUUUAUUUCGCAUUCAGCCACUGAGAGCCGACUACGCAACGAUUAAUUUUCUCGAUAGUUUCCUUGCAUUAGUUUAAGAAAAGAUUCAAGUUUGACAUAUUCGGGUUAUUUAUUACUUGCAAAAGUCAG